CAUGGCUGAUGAACUUGAAGAGCGUAGUUUGGAGGAAACGCCUACUUGGGCUGUUGCAGUGGUCUGCUUUGUGUUGCUUGCUGUUUCGAUCUUCAUCGAACAUAUUUUUCAUCUUAUUGGAUCGUGGUUAAAAGGCAGACACAGGCGAGCCCUUUAUGAAUCUCUGGAAAAGAUCAAAGCAGAGCUUAUGCUGUUGGGAGUCAUAUCCUUGCUGCUUACAAUAUUACAAGAUUACAUUUCAAAGAUAUGCAUUUCUGAGAGUGUUGGGUCCACUUGGCACCCUUGUAAAAAGGAAACCAAAGAUUUUAAGAACACAUGCUCUGAGGGAAAAGUCCCAUUAGUGUCUUCCUAUGGGAUCCAUCAACUCCAUAUAUUCAUCUUUGUGUUAGCUCUCUUUCAUGUGAUUUACUGUGUGGCCACCUUGGCUUUGGGAAGAACCAAGAUGAGAAGAUGGAAGGCUUGGGAGGAUCAAACUAAGACGAUUGAAUAUCAAUACUCUCAUGAUCCAGAGAGGUUUAGGUUUGCAAGGGAUACAUCCUUUGGGCGCAGGCAUUUGAAUUUCUGGAGCCGCUCUCCUGUUCUCCUCUGGAUUGUCUGCUUCUUCAGACAAUUCUUCAGAUCGGUUAACAACGUUGACUAUCUUACAUUAAGACAUGGAUUUAUCAUGGCACAUUUGUCACCUGGAAGUGAAACAAAAUUUGAUUUCCGAAAUUACAUCAAAAGAUCGCUUGAAGAGGACUUCAAAGUUGUAGUGAGCAUCAGCCCAGUAAUAUGGUUCUGUGCAGUAUUGUUCCUACUCACCAACACACAUGGGUGGUAUUCUUACUUGUGGCUUCCAUUCAUCCCCUUAGUUAUAAUACUCUUGGUGGGAACAAAGCUUCAAGUGAUCAUAACCAAACUGGGAUUGAGGAUUGCAGAGAGAGGUGAUGUGGUGAAGGGUACACCAGUAGUUGAGCCAGCCAACGACCUCUUCUGGUUCAAUCGCCCUCACCUCAUCCUCUUUCUGAUCAACUUUGUUCUCUUCCUGAAUGCAUUUCAGCUGGCUUUCUUCGCAUGGAGCACGUAUGAGUUUGGGCUGCAAUCUUGCUAUCACCAAAAGACAGAAGACAUUGCCAUCAGAAUCUCAAUGGGGGUCAUCACACAGGUACUAUGCAGUUAUGUGACACUCCCACUCUAUGCCUUGGUGACACAGAUGGGCUCCACCAUGAGACCGACAAUUUUUAACGAGAGAGUGGCCACGGCUCUAAGAAGCUGGCACCAGGCGGCCAGGAAGCACACAAAACAUGGGCGCCACUCGAAUGGUGUGUCCCCACAGUCGAGUAGGCCAGCGACUCCAUCAUAUGGGAUGUCCCCUGUUCAUCUAUUGCAAGGCUACCACAACCACACUCCUGAUAUGUCUCCAAGACGAUCAAACUUGGACAACGAAUGGUAUGGGGAAGGAGCAGGGUCUCCAGGGAAGAAGGAUGAUGAUGAGCAUGAAAAGGAGAAAUUUGAAUCCAGAGAGCAGGGACAAGGGAUUGGAGACUCGAGCUCAACCCAACUGCCCCUUGGACCCCGCCCAAUCCGAACCCAACAUGAGAUCAACAUUACUUUAUCGGAUUUCUCAUUUGCAAAGCGCUGAAGGACAUGAUUGAUCAGGACAAAACUAGGCAUAUUGAUUUGGUUUUUUGUUUUUCCUUUCUGCGGCUUGUAUUUUGCAUGUAUAUUUGUUACACUUGUGAUUUCAAUAUACUUUUCUUUAAUUCA